GGCAGGGAGGGUGGCGUUGUGUGGUCUGGUAGCGCUCCAGAAGGAGGGUCUGCAGGUCAUACUGAGAUAAGACAACCGUGGUAAGAGGGCCAGUGUGUUGAGGGAGGCUUGUGUGUGUGUGUGUGUGUGUGUGUGUGUGUGUGGGAGGGAAGCUUGGGUGCGCGUUUGGGUGAAAGGAACAUGGGUGUGGACGGUGUGUGAGUGUGUGUGUGUGUGUGUGUGUGUGUGUGUGUGUGUGUGUGUGUGUGUGUUUGCUGUUACCCGAUGAUGCUUGUGUACUGCGCGGAGGCAAGGGUGAUGGAUGGCCUCUCUGUUACACUGCACAAACAAGCUGACACAUUUUACGACAGAUGACAUACUCCCGCGGACUGUUGGGGGCGCGGAAGGGGCAGGGAGAGGGGAGAGACGGGGUGAAGGAGGGAGCGGAGGGUCCUGGCAACCACCGGCUACUCACCCUUAUUGAUGUAGCGACCGAUGACACAACGCAAUGCAAAAUAAAACCAGCAAAAAAAAAAAAAAAGUAGAAACAGCGGGAUAUUUGAGAGCGAGCAUGGACUGGCUGGCUGAGUGCGGCGCGAGGGGUGGUGGCUGCUCUGGCUGCCGGGGAGGGCUGAACUGGUAGGGACGAGGGAGGAAGGUUGGAGGCGGCUCAGUGGCUGGCGGGCUGGCGCGAGGGGCGGUGUGUGCCUCCACCCAGCCAGCGCGAACCAGACGUGAAGUGUUGGUGUUGGCGGUGACUUGUGGCGGUGAGGCGGCGCUGAGUGAGAGUGCGUCGAGUAAGGAGUAGCGUGGAAUACUGAACACUGUCUGGAAUGAGGCGGUGCUGAGGGCGGCGUCUCAAGGAAGUUGUGUUGGUGUCAUCUGUGGCUGCGGACACUGAGACACUUAACACACUCUUUGGGAGGCAGUAGUUGUGUGUACUUGGAACUGUCGAGGUAAAGGCGCGGCCACCUGUUUGCGAGGCUCCGUGAAAGCGAGGAGGCAUGGCGGUGAGGGGCGUGACGGAGGGUCCAGGGAGAGGGCGCCCCGGCCUGCGGCGCUGAGGUGUCGCCUUCCAGCCCUCCGUCGCUCCUGGCACCAUGCUGGGCUCGCUGCGCUUCAGGAGAAAAUCCAAAAAGGAGGUGGCGAGCGAGGCGGCCCCCCCACGCUCCUUUACCGACCCCGCGCGCCAGAUCUUUCACGAACUCCGCGCGGGGACCACAGGGGGCGGCCUGCGAGGGCUGACCUGCUCUCUACAAGGGUCUCCUCGCUCCCCGCGUCGUCACCCCCCAGGGGGCACCGCGCCUCCUUCCCUUCAGUCAAGCCCAGUGCCCACACGCCGGGAAGUCCCGCAGCAGCACCUGGAGGCAGCGCCCGCCGCACUCGUUACCUCACUUGCCUCUGUCGCCCAUGUCGCCCCUGCCGCCUCCAUUGCCCCUGCCUCGGCCGUUACCCCCGCCGCCGCCGUUGCCCCCGCCGCGGGCAGCCCCGGCCUGGCGCGGCGCCGCCACCCUUCCCAGGAACACCUGCGGCCGUCGCCCAGGGGCUCCCCGGCCAUGGGCAGGCGGGCGGUGGGGCUGGAGGCGGGCCAGGCGAGGCUCGGCGGACUGCGGGACAAGGAGGGAAGGGCCGCCGCCCCCCGGGACGCUGAGGGGCUCAGUCAGCCGGGAACGAAACACCUGCCGAACAAUAAUGAAGCCGUGACGUCACACAAGCAGCCGACGAUAAGCAGCAGAAACACACAAUCCGCGGCGAGGCUGAACCGCGUGAUGGUGGGCGGCGAGGGGGGUGGAGGGGGAGGGAGUGGCUCAAGAAUGGACGUGGUGUAUGUCACGGAGCGCAUCAUCUCCCUCGCCUUCCCCCCCACCCUCGACGAUGCCACCUACACCCUACACCUGCGCGAGGUUGCCCACAUGCUCUCCUCCAAGCACGGCGACAACUUCAAGGUGUUCAAUCUGUCCGGCCAGGGGAGGUGAGCCACUUCCUGCCGCGCGUGCUGGAGCUGGGGUGGCCCGACCAGCUGGCCCCCGCCCUGGAGCGCCUCUGUUCCAUCUGCAAGGCCCUGGACUCCUGGAUCACGCAGC